AUGGGUCAAAAUGGCUCUUCAUUGCUGCAGACUCCGAUAAUUCACAAUUGGAUUAUGGGUCGGGAGCCGGAUGUAACAUACGACGCAGAAAAGUCAACAAAAUUUGGUGAUAUACGUGGAAAAAAGUUUCAUUUUGAUGGUUAUGACGUUGAAGCAUACCUUGGAGUACCAUAUGCACGGUGUGGGGUAUUUAAAGAUAGGUUUCAGGUAAUAUUUGGUUUGCAAAUAUUGAUUUUUGAAAAAAAUUUUUUUGCAUUUUAAUAUUAAAAAAAAUGUCAAAAAUUAAUCUCCAGAAGCCAGUAAGGAUACCAAAAUGGACAAACACAGCCGAUUGUACCAAAUUUGGGCCAAGAUCAAUACAACAAGAUAUGGUAUGGGACUAUUAUUUGACGCCAGUACCUCAAAGUGAAGCCGACUGUUUAAAUAUGAAUAUUUUUGUACCUACAGAUGAAAUUCAGGAAAAUAAAGCAGGUUUUUUGGGUUUUGCAACAAAAUUACAGCUUUUUUUUAUCAUAACCUGAUUAAAUAAAACAAUAUUUUUAAAUUAUAUUAUAAUAUAAACUAUCAACAAGAGCUUACGCUAUCAUUUCAGACCCCAAAUGGCCGUCCAGUUAUGGUAUUUGUCCACGGCGGUGGAUAUUUGAUCCAUUCAGCCGCCAACUACGGUGAUCGUCAAAUUUGCCGAAAUAUGUGCAAACGCGGUGUUAUAGUAUGCGUAAUUCAGUACCGUCUAGGCUUACUGGGCUUCCUAAGUACUGGUACUAAAGAAUGUCCCGGAAAUUUUGGUUUAUUUGAUCAGAAAAUGGCGUUUGAAUGGGUCAAGGAUAAUAUCGGGGAGUUUGGUGGAAAUCCAAAUAAUAUCACGGCUGUCGGCCAAAGUGCUGGUGCUGCAUCGAUAGAUUUGUUGAGUAUUUCACCCAAAUGUGAGGGGUUGAUUCAGAAAGUGGUGCUGAUGGGUGGGAACGCGGCUUCUGAUUGGGCCGUCGUACCGUGGCAGAAGACGGUAGCAGCGGCCGAGGUUGUUGCUAGGAGGGGUGGAUGGAAAGGUAGGUUUGAUAGUUAAGUCUGUAGUUAUUUUGGCCUUUAAUUUAUUUUAUAUUAAAUCUUUGAUUAAAUAUUCGCUAUUUCAGGUGAUUCCGGCGACCACUCCGACCUCCUGACCUAUUUCCGCAACCAGCCGGCUGUCAAAUGUCGUGGUGCCAUAUUCGGCAAAUCUGCGUUUGAUCGACGAAAAAAAGGUCUGGACUUUUGCCCAGUAAUCGAUGGUGAUUUUUUGCCCGAAUCAAUUGAUGAAUUGAGGAAAAAAGCCAAACCUAUACAAGUGAUAAUUGGCACAACCGACUAUGAAGCCCUACUGUUUGUGGCGUUGGGCCGGGCGCAAUCCGACAUGAUCUCAUUGGAAAAACAGCUGGCUGUUCAGAUCCCGGAAACGUUGCCAGAAGCAGAAGAAUUGAGGGAAGAAGCCAGAGGGAUUUACUUAAGGGAUGUGGAUUCUAGAAACAAGGUUGAUGUGGCGAAGGCUUUUGUUAGGGUAAGUACUACUUUUAGUACUGUGUUAGCAUACAAAGGCAAGGUGGGUCGGAGUAAGAUAAGGUAAGGCAAAGAAGAGCAGGAUAUAAAAAACUACAGUAUCAUUAAGUAAAUGUUUCUUUUAUAGGCUUUAACUCAAAAGUUUUGCUGUUAAAUGCCAUUUUCAGAUGUACAGUGACACAUUAAUGAACAAUAGUACAAUUCGAUAUGUAGAACACAUGUCAAAAGCCGGACAUACUGUAUACCUAUAUAACUUGACCUAUCAUAACCCGGCUUCAUUUGGAGUAUUUGCCUUCAGGAUGCCAUUUGUAGCCCCAACACAUUGCUACGAUAUACGGUAUCUGUUUGGAAAAGGAAUGUUCUCGAAGUUUAGGCCAGACUCGAACGAUUUGAAGAUGCUGGACUUGAUGACAAAAAUGUGGUCGAAUUUUUCUAAUAGUGGGUAAGGGUACACUUGUUCGGAGAAAUGACUAUACAAUUUUUUGAAAGUUACUACAUAUAAAAUUCUACAAUAGUCCGAAAUACGGUAACCGUCUAAACUUAUUUAAAUUUCCAGAAACCCAAACCUAGACCAAGAAAAUGAAACCUGGCACAAAAUCGAUCCUCAAAACCCGUUCAAACAUUUGGAAUUGUGUUUGGAACCAGAAGAAAAGGACCAUUAUCAAGGUCGAAGAGCCGAAUUUUGGAGAAAAGUCGAAUUAAAGAUUGAAGCUUUUGAAAAGAAACGGCAAGAACUUACUUUCCCACUCGACUAA